AUGCCGCGGCAGGCCGGGUCACGUGGUCGUGCACGGAGUUGUACACUGUGGAAGUGGCAGGCGUGGCAGGCGCGAUCCGCGGGGGCCCGGGGGGCUCGGAAGUUUCCUGUCUCGUCUUUAUCUACCUUCAUUUCCUCAACCAUGUCUCGUGCCCUGAUCGAGAAGCACCCCUUGCAGUGGCUACACAGCCCUUCUCGGGGUAUCUCUACUUUGAUUCAUGUGACCGGCCUUGCAAGCUUUACCUGGUCUUUCAAAUAUAUGCAUGAAAACCCUAACCACGCAAACGAAGCAUAUGGUUGGCACUUCCAGUACUUGACCGUCAUUGGCCUGAGUCUGUCGACUCUCACCUUUAUUUUUGCAAUUCUUGCCGAUGUGACACUUUCCCGACGCCUCUUCUUGAUCAAAAACCUCUUGUCAGUGUGUAGUGCGCCGCUGGAGGUACUGAUCAGCGUUCUCUACUGGGGCCUGAGAUUGAUCGAUGAACGUCUCGUCGUUCCCGAUUGGGCUGUGAUCCCUCUCGAUGCCGAUAUAAGCUUUCACGCAUUGCCGUCCAUAUUGAUGCUGAUUGAUCUUCUGUUUCUCUCACCCCCGUGGACAAUUACCGUCCUGCCCUCCAUCGGACUGUCCGGUGCAAUUGCCUUUGGCUAUUGGUUCUGGGUGGAGCGGUGUUUCUCCUACAACGGAUGGUAUCCGUAUCCCAUCUUCGAGCAGCUGCCGACCCCGGGUCGCAUUGCGCUCUUCUCGCUCAGCGCGGUUGUGAUGGCAUUCAGUACCGCGACGCUCAAGUGGCUGCACGGUCGCAUCAAUGGGUUUGGUGUUCCUAUUCCGGCGCAGUCUCGUCCUGGCGAGAUCAGGCGGGCAGAUGGCCUGUAG